GCUUCACCUUCACUGUGUGUGUUUGAGCAGAGCCAUGGAUGCCAGUAAACAGUCGCCGCUGCCUUCUUCGUUCAAGUCGAAGAAGCUUCUGAGUUCGCCUGCGCCGUCGGAUCGGAAGGUUUCUGACCCGAACCCGGACCCGCUGAGCGUGAAGACCCCCGGGAAGCCGGCGGACCAGCCGCGGAGGCUGCGCAACCGCGGCGUGGCUCUGUCGAUUUCGGAUGUCAGGAAAGCGGCGAUGAAGCUCCGGGAGCGGGGAUCCGAUCCGCCUGCGAGGACCGACGCGGUUUCGAUUUCAGAAGAAGAGGAGAUUGCAGAGCUGAAGAAGCCUGCUGCUGCUGAGAUAGAGCUUCCGGCAAAAUACGAGUUGUUGGAAAAAUUCUUCAACAGCUUGGAUUCCUCAAUCAGGCUGCUCCAAUUGAAGAGAUCUGCAACGACAUUUAGUAAUAUUAGCCCCCAAAUAGGAACUUUGACCGAUAGGAGAUUUACAUAUAGUCAUUUAGCUCAAUUGAAGUUCAUCUUGCCUGAGGCCAUUGUGUUGGAGAAAACCCUUCAACACGACGAGCGCACAAGCUGUAUGAAACCCGACCUUCGCAUUACAUUGGACGUUGAAGCAAUUAAGAGGAAAGGCAAGUCGAAAUCUGGAAAUUUACAGCUGCGAAAAGUAUUCCGCAGCAGACUUCUAGAUUUCUUCAAAUCGCAUCCAGAGGGUGAUGAAGUUCCAGAAGAAGUGCUACCGGAGCCCUUUAAUCGAUCAAAGGGAGGUCCGAGCACAAAUUCAGCUCGACCUUCCGGCACAUCUUCGACUGGUCCGACUCAGGGUGUGGCAUUCUCAGGAUUAUCAGUCAGAGCCUCACUUCUGCCUCCAUCAUUUAAAAGGAGCUUUUCACUGCGGAAUUCUGUCCAUCAAGUCGAAAAGCUAAAGCAAGAACAGUCUUCGUUCAAUGGUGCUGCUCUUCCUUCAGUUAACUCUGAAGAUAAAUUUGCUGGAGGUAGCUCUCAUAAAGAAACUAGUGAAAUCGCCAGACUUUCAGGCAGGGAAACAUGCUCUUCAUAUGAAGCUUCUUUAGGCAGUGAAACGUUGUCAACUUUCCCAGAAACACCGGUAAAAUGUAUCAUUUCUAACGAGGAUGAGAUGGCUUCUGCUGUACUCAAAACGCCACUGAGCAUGGCAUCUACUCCUACGAGUGCCACGCCUGCACUUCAGCCGACUAAAAGAUGCUACAUGAGCCCCGAUAAUGAUUCGUUCAGAACCCCAAGCAAGCUUGUUAGACGGCCGCCCCCAAAUAGGCCUCUGAAAUUUGAUACUCCGGUGAAGAGUGUGAAGAAUGAUGAGAAUGAUGAUGGGCGGCGAGGGAAGUCAUCAGUGCCUGGCGACAUCUUCAGCAUUCUCCCACAGUCUCUCAUACAAUCUAUUCAAGAAAAGGAGAGAUUGGCAUCAAUGGAGCAGGAGCCAGCGAUCUCUCAAGCAAUGAGGCGCCGCAAAAUGAUUGCCGGCCUGCCCAAGCUCUUCGACAGGAUUUAUUUCUUCUUCCAAUCAAUCAGACGCUCAGUCGUCACAAAAGAGGAACUGAUUCAGAAACUAAUCAGCCAGCUAGACAUUGUUGACAAAAAGGAGGUGGAAGAGCAGCUCAGAUUGCUGCAGGAGCUAGCUCCAGAGUGGAUUUAUGAGAAGCCCGCGUUGAGUGGAGAUCUCCUCUUAUGUGUCAACAAGAUUGUGAGCCCAGAAGCCAUGCGUACGAGGCUGUCGGAGGCGAUAUGAGAGAAGCAAGAAACCAUGUGAAGGGCAGUUUGAUGAUGAGAAGUUCAUGCUUUUGUCACUUAAGAAAUGCCAGAUUUUGCUCAUCUUUGAAGGCUUGAAACCAGAAGGAAAAUAGGUGUUUUAUCAUCAGUGUUUCUUCAUUAAUCUUUUUUAACUAAGUUAAAAUUAACUGCUGGAAAUUGGUGCUGAGAUAUAAAUUAGAACUUAGAAGUGAUUUUUGCCCAUUUCGUUCCAAUCAUAGCAGUUUUCAAACUGCAGUUGUAAAUUAAAAUUAGUCAAGUCCUGUAAAUUAUAUGAUUAUCUGGGAAAAUAAAUCUACCAGAGCCGUGUUUGGUUCCAAAAUUGAUUUAGCAU